AUGGCAACACCGGCACACCCUCAAACAACAACAGCAGCCAAUUUCAUCAAAACAGUGGUUCCCGCCACUACAACAGAAGACGACAUUGAUGAAGAGUUUCCUCAUGUUCACGAAAACCAAUACGUCUUGAUCCACAUGCCUAGUGGCAAUGUCAAAAUGGUGAAUUUAAAGCCCAACACUCAAGUGUCACUGGGCAAGUUUGGUACGUUCAAUUCAGACAAGUUGAUUGACAAGCCAUUUGGUCUGUCGUACGAGAUCUAUGAUCAAAAGGGCAAUAUUCAACCCGUCCGUAACUGGGCGCUUGCUACUGUUGGUAUGGAAACCAAUGCCAAUAACCAGAACAUUGUCGACAAUGCUUCGGUCCAAAAGUUGUCGUAUCAAGAAGUCGAGAAAUUGAAGCAGGAAGGAUUAAAGGGCAACAUGGCUCAUGAUGAAAUCAUCAAAAAAAUCAUUGAAUCGCACACUGAAUUUGACAAAAAGACCGAAUUCUCAAAAGCAAAGUACAUCCAGCGAAAGCGGAAAAAGUUCAUGAAGGUGUUUACGCCUGUUCGUCCCACAUUGUACUCGAUUGCCCAAUUCUUUUUCAACAAGAAUCCUGAUAAAAUCAAAAACAUCCGUGUCGAUACGCUUUCACAAAUUCUCAGCUUGGCCAACGUCCAUGCAAACAGCAAAAUGUUGGUUGUGGAUGAUACACAAGGGCUCAUUAUCUCUGCUGUUGCUGAACGUAUGGGUGGCUAUGGCAAGAUUUUCGGUAUCCAUGAUGGUGACAACCAAAAUUAUGAUGUGAUGCGCUACAUGAAUUUUUCCAAGCGUAUUCUCGAAUCCGUACACACCAUCCCACUGGCUAGAAUUGAUCCAAAUGAUCCUGAAGAGGAAUUCGUACCAAGAACAGAAGAAGAGGUGGCAGCAAUGUCAGAAGAUGUGCUCAAAGGUUAUGAAAGACGUCAGCGUGUAUCGACUGCAAGGGCAGAAACGCGAAAGAUGUUUUUCGAUGGUUGUUUCGAUGGGUAA